AUGGCAAACAGAAUCAGAAAUUGGUUCGUUGAUCAAGUGGGGAAAAAUCUGAAGUUACCACAGAGCUGGACUGCCUGGCUGGAUCGCAUGUGUAAGUAUCUUAUAAACAGUGGAAAAGGUUGGGGAGGGAGGAGGAGUAGAAACAAUGGGAGAUAUCCCUCUUUCCUUGACUGGAUCACAUGUAAAUACUUUGAACGACGAAAUGCUUUUCUGGAAACUAAUGCGGUUCAUCUGAGCAACAUCAAACCAGAUCAUAAAGUACUGGAAAUAGGCUUUGGACCAGGUCUGGGUCUGGAGGCAGCCUAUAACAUUGUGAAAAAUGGCAAAGGUCAAGUGUUUGGAAUCGACACCUCACUUUACAUGGUCCAGAAGGCACACCGUCGACUGAAGGCGGGAGUUCAUGACAAGAAAGUCUUUCUAUUUCAUGGCAGUGCCACACAGAUCCCCCUCAACACAGACUCUGUAAACCGUGUCUUUCAUUGUAACUGUUACUAUUUCUGGCCCAGCAUGAGGUCAGUGAUGCGUGAAAUCUAUCGGGUCAUGCAGCCAGGCGGAGUCAUGGUGACAACUUUAAGUAUAGACAACCUCAAAAAAUCACAGGAGAGAGGCUUUCUCAGAUCUGCUCACCCUGACCCGGUCAUGUACAUGCAGUCUUUGGAGAAUUACGGGUUUGAGAACGUUCACCUGGAGUAUCACACAGACCCUCAAUCAGGCAAAAAGUUUCAGGCAAUUUUCUCUGAAAUCAACGAAAAGCCAGCUCAUGAUCCAUCCAUGUACAACGAUGACGAAGACGACAUUGAGAAGGAGCUACAGAAGAUGUUCGAGUCCAGAAUCGCAGAGCGCAAACAGUUUCAUGAUAAACGGUUACCUGACGACAACAAAUCUCCGUUAAAAACAGACUUGAACAUUACACCAGGAACUGUUAAGUCAUGA